AUUGAGUAAAUGGUUUGAAAGUAAAUGUUUAAGCUAUAUCAAUGAUGUCAAUAUUCGUUCUCAGUUGCAAGAAGUAAAGUCUUGGCCAGACAUUGCGUUUCUCAAGUGAAGUCAAAAUGUCCACUGCAGUGCCAUUCAAAAUAUACCAUGAGGACUUCAAGCAAAUCCUAGGUUCCAGCCCGAAGCUCGAAUGUCUCCUAGAGGAUCAAACUAUUCCAUUUGCACACGAAGCAGGCGUAUUUAUCCCCGAAGACAAUACCUUAUUCAUCACAAGUAACCAGUUCCCACAUCCCACCACAGGAGAGAAAUCAAUUCAGAUAUCAAAAAUCACUCUCAGCAAUGGAUCAGCAACAUGCGAGAAAAUCGAAACGGAAAAUGUCACCAUGGCCAACGGCGGCGUGAACUAUCAAGGCGGCGUCCUUUUUUGUGCUCAAGGCAACAUGUCGUCGCCUGGUGGUUUAGCAUUCAUGUCAACAAGCCCUCCUUACAAAUCCUCAAUCUUCCUCUCGAACUUCUACGGUCGCAGCUUCAAUUCUGUCAAUGAUGUAGUCAUUCACAGCGAUGGUUCCAUCUGGUUCACAGAUCCCAAUUACGGAUAUGAGCAGGGCGUUCGACCACGACCCGUUCUCCCGAAUCAAGUUUACCGAUACGAUCCUGCUUCCAAAGCAGUAAGAGCCGUGGCAGAUGGCUUUGGCAGGCCAAAUGGCCUUUGCUUUAGCCCUGAUGAGACGAUUUUGUUUGUCACUGAUACGGAUUGGAUACAUGGUGAUGGUUCCACAGAAGAUUCUCGAGCCUCGACGAUAUAUGCCUUCGACAUUGUUACAUACUCUGGACAGCCGUUCUUAAUCAAUCGGAGGCUCUUCGCAUAUGCUUCUUCACGCGUUCCAGAUGGCAUCAAAUGUGACAUGGAUGGAAAUGUGUAUUCUGGCUGUGGAGAUGGCGUUAAUAUUUGGUCGCCUGGCGGAGUUCAUCUGGGAACUGUAGAGGUACAAGGAGGUGCUGCAAACUUCUGUUUUGGGAGGAAAGGAGAACUUUUCAUCUUGAAUGAGACUAGGUUAUGGCGAGCCCAGCUGGGUAGCCAUGUUAAAGGCGCGCUUCUGAAGAUUUAGAUGACUAAGAUAGAAAUCAAUCAUGAAAGGCGAUUCACCAC